UUUAAUUCAAAUAACUCAAAUAAUGGAGUAUCAACAAGCUAAAAAUGUUGAUUCACAACAAGUAGUAAAGUCUAAUGAAAAAAAUGGUAUUAUCACUACCAUUAUUCCUCAUAAUACUCACACUAUUCCUUAUAAUACUCCUUUUACUACUCAUAAGCAAAAACCAUUUACAAAUAAUAUAAAUAAUGUUCACCAUUCGAAUUUAAUUCAUAAUAAUAAAAAGUCUUUUAA